UCGACUGAGCCAUUUGAAUGAGUCGUACUUUUUGUGUCUAAACGAACAACGCGCUCAGCUUCAUUCAAAUGGCUCAGUUGAAUGAGGAAACGAACAUGACCUUAAAUUAAGAGCUGAACCUGAUCUUAAAGACGAGGAAGGCAAUAGGGCAUUAGAAGUUGCGGCUUUAAGAGGGAACAGAACGAUCGUUGGGACUCUCUUCCCCUUGACAACAAAACCUGAAUCUGUUUCUGUAUCAGACUGGACAGUAGAUGGAGUUCUUGCAUCAAACAAAGAACAAGAGAAAAACUCAAACAGUGCAAAAUCUGGAGAGACUUUGAUCAAGAAAGACCUUCCUGAGGUCUCACCAGAAGCAAAGGCCAAAGCUGCAGAAGCAAAAGCAAGAGGACAAGACGCGUUCUACAAGAAGGAUUACCAGAUGGCCAUUGACGCCUACACACAAGCUAUUGAUUUUGACCCUACGGAUCAUACCUUCUUCUCAAACCGAAGCCUCUGCUGGUUGCUGUUAGGACAAGGUGAGCAUGCCUUGUCGGAUGCUAAAGCCUGCAGAGAACUAAAGCCUGACUGGCCUAAAGCUUGUUUCAGAGAAGGCGCUGCACUUCGUUUGCUACAGCGAUUUGAUGAGGCAGCCAAUGCAUUUUACGAGGGAGUGUUGCUAAGCCCUGAAAGCAAAGAGCUCAUUGAUGCGUUCAGAGAAGCUGUAGAUGCUGGAAGGAAGUUUCACGGCAAGGACAAGAUUAAGGACAAAGCAUAAGAUCUUCAAGAGAUGGCUCUGUUUAGUAUCUGUAUGAAGUUUUGAUCUUGCUACUUAACCUGGCCUCUCCCUUUAUGCAGUUGCUACCUUAUCUUUUAUUUACUUAAACUUUCUAAAAGCUUCAGGAACAAAGUUUAGUGUGUGGUCUGAUUUUGUCAUUUGUUCGGAUUUACAGCUAUGAUUUCUUUUUCUAAAUGGUAAAACGAUUAUUUUAUGAGAAAA